AUGAAGCUGCAAUUAGAUAUGGUAGAAAGAGGGAGGUUGCGCUCUUCGACGAGUUUCUUGCUGUGCAUCUUCUUGGUGGAGUUGACGCUGAAGAGCGUUUCGGGAGUGCCGAUUUACGGUCCGCAGUUUCUUCCUGGAGGCAGCGGAAGGAACAUCAGACACCUGCCAUGCGUGUCUCGCAGGAGCGGCGAGACGGGGGUGUGCAUGUUCGCGUUUACCUGCGCGAAGGCCAAUGGCACUCACCUGGGCACCUGUAUAGACCGCUUCUACUUCGGGAGCUGCUGUAAAAUCGACGACGAGCCUGAUAUCUCGCCGCAGGAUAACGCCAUCGAGGAGAGCGAGGACAUCUUGGCGACGACUCAGCAUAAUUCCCUCGAAAGUAACGACAUUCCUAACUACGUGUCUCGGCCCAAACCUGAUCAGGUUCCGGUGCCGAUGCCACCGCAGAAACCAGGUCCAGGGUUAACGUCGCAGUUCAAGCCGGCACCAGGAUCGACGACCUUGUCCAAACCUACGCCAGGAUCGGUCUCUCGGCCCAAACCAACGUCCACGUCGACGACGCAGUUCGGACCUUCCUCGUCGACGAUUCCUCCGAGACCGAUAUCGGCAUCAACGACGCAGACGAAACCUGUACCCGAAGUGGUACCUCAGAGUAAACCUACGUCGGAGCCUAUCUCUCAGUCUAAACCAGGGUUGAAACCUGAAAAGCACCCCCAGGGGUCGUUGGGUACUUUGAGUACAGACGAUGGAGUCGCGACUUUGGGAGCAAGUACCCCAGGGGUUGGUACCACUGUUGGUACCACGAGUACCGGGGCCAUUAAGGUUCCUGGAUCUAUGAUCAACAAGGUUCCUGGGUCGUCGAUCAACAAUGUUCCUGGAUCGUCGACCAGCAAGGUUCCUGGAUCAUCGACCAGCAAGGUUCCUGGAUCAUCGACCAGCAAGGUUCCUGGAUCGUCGACCAGCAAAUUCCCUGGAUCAUCCACCAGCAAGGUUCCUGGAUCGUCGACCAGCAAAUUCCCUGGAUCUUCCACCAGCAAGGUUCCUGGACCACCAACCAUCAAACCAACGUGGUCUCCAGAGACGACUACUCAGCCGUACGGGUUGUCCACCUUCCAGGUAGUCAGAAAUGUGACGGAGAUCACGACGAAACCUACUCUCGGCUCGUCUCAGCUUCCCCAGGGCACGGACCGACCUCAGAGGCCCGUGACCUCGACCUACCCCACGUUCUCGCCUUUGACGACCAGGAGACCCAUAAUUCACCACACCACGAGCAAGAUUCCCGAGGUCGAGGAGACGACCAAACCCUUCCAGACAAGUCAAGAAGGAUCGACGUUCUCCACGACUCCGUCGCCUUCGCCACCGGUCACCAGGUUCCCUCCAAGGAGCACCACGACCGUAAGGCCGACGAAAACGACAACCAGGAGGCCCAGCACGCGACCUUCCUCGGUUUCCUACAACUCCACGAGGCCAGUUUCGGCAGGAACCAAACCCAGGCCUUCAGGGUCUCAGAGACCACGACCAACGCCAACGAAACCACGACCUUCGGUCCCCGUCAAGAACCGACCUACGACGACUUCUAGACCUAGACCUACGACGACUCCUAGACCUAGACCUACGAGCUCGACCAGCAGCAGACCUCGACCUACCUCUUCUACCUUGAGACCUGGAUCCACCUCUUCCAGCUCGAGACCUGGACCUACCUCAACCCCGAAGCCGAGACCCACGACCCUGAAACCUCGACCCACCACGACCCAAACCACGUCCAGACCUCCACCUUCUAAAGCCCCCCCAACUUCCAAACCGACUUCCUCUGUCCCAGUUUCCACCACCUCGACAACCCCGACAUCGUUGCCUUCGACGAUUUCGGAGGAGACCUUGAAGAGGAACGAAACCAAGUUAGAAUCCACGAUUAGGCCAGUUACGGUUCCCAAACCUGCGAUUCCAGCGUUCACCACCCAGAGACCUGGGGACGUCAGCUCCGAAGGUUCGGAGAUUUAUUCCAGCAAUACCGUUGACGUCGCUUCGGAAACUACGAAAAUCUCUCCGAGGCCUUCUAGUACCACUACGGAAACCCCAGUGAGCAGCUCUUCGGCUCCGGUCGUCACGACCUGGUCCACACCUCAGGUCACCAACGAAACUACUCUUAUAAACGAGGUUCUACCCCCCAAGGAGAGCUCUUCGGAAGGUACCUUGACGACGAGUCCUGGUCUCGUCACCUGGACCUUCACCACGGAGGAAGGUUCCACCAGGGUGCCGGAACCUUCGUCCACCACUGCCAGCACGGUCACGCCCGAAGAAUCCACAGAGACGGAGUGGGCCCCGAUCACGACGCCGGAUGGCUGGGUCAUGAUCCCAUCUCCUGGGAGUUCGCCAAGUGAGGAGUUACCUUCUCCUCCUUCCCCACCUUCUGUUAAACCUCUCGACAAACCGACUCCUGCGACCUCCACGGAGUCACCGACCACCGAGCGAGUGACAUCGCCGCGUCCCACAACGACGACGCCAUCUUCGACGAUUUCCACCUUAGAGAUGAUGACUUCCGAGGCUCCACCAGUUGCUGCGGCUCUUAACAUGUCUAAUUACAAGCAAGUUUGCGGUAGGCGUCUCUUCCCAGAGUCGAGGAUCGUCGGCGGAGACCACAGUUCGUUUGGCAAAUGGCCCUGGCAGAUAUCUCUGCGUCAAUGGAGGACCUCGACCUACCUUCACAAAUGUGGUGCAGCUCUACUUAACGAAAAUUGGGCGAUCACAGCUGCGCAUUGUGUGGAAAACGUGACGCCCAGCGACCUGUUGCUGAGGAUCGGGGAGCACGACCUGACCAACGAAAACGAGCCCUAUGGGUACCAGGAGAGAAGGGUGCAAAUCGUUGCCAGCCACCCUCAGUUCGAUCCUAGGACUUUUGAGUACGAUCUUGCUCUGCUUAGAUUUUACGAGCCAUUGUUACCGUUCCAACCAAACGCUUUGCCGAUCUGCUUGCCGGAAGACGACGAAAACUACGUGGGACACACUGCCUAUGUAACCGGAUGGGGUCGUCUCUAUGAUGACGGACCAUUACCUUCGGUUCUCCAGGAAGUAUCCGUCCCGGUGAUCAACAACACCGUCUGCGAGGCCAUGUACAGGAACGCAGGAUACGUCGAGCACAUCCCGCACAUCUUCAUCUGCGCAGGCUGGCGAAAAGGAGGAUUCGACUCCUGCGAGGGUGACAGCGGAGGACCAAUGGUGAUCCAGAGGCCGAAGGACAAGCGGUGGAUCCUGGCAGGAGUCAUCAGCUGGGGAAUAGGAUGCGCCGAGCCGGAUCAACCAGGAGUUUACACCCGGAUUUCCGAAUUCCGGGAGUGGAUUAACCAAAUCCUGCAAUUUUGAGGCCUGGGAUCCUUGCCGAUCUAGGAUCGAACUCGACGCUACGUCCUAAGGACCUCGUUAUCCGCACGUGGCAGGAAAUUCGACGCAAAGGACGAGACUUCCGAAAAUCUCGGGAAUUGGACUUUAUUUACUAAAUCAGCUGAUCUUGC